UGACUUUGUAACAAUCAGAUAAUACAAACAAGAGUACAACUUUCGUGGUAAGUUGUACUAUAAAAGCAAUUGAAGUAGCAUUUUGUUCAUCAGUUAAUAAAACAAGACAAUCAAAACAAAAUGAAGUUCGCCACCAUCACCAUUAUUGCCACAGUUGCUAUUGCCGUUAGCGCCCACUCCUACGAGCAGGAGAUCACAUGCGGUAUUAAGGGAUUCACCGGAAAAUCAUACGACGAGUCUAAGGUAUGCUGCGAGUAUUCCGGCAACUGUGGAAAAUUGUCCAAGUGCACUGAGAGUUUCUGCAAAGCCUCUGGCAACUUUGGCAGCAGCAAAAACGAGUACAAGAUCACCUGUGCCGAGAAACGUGAGCGUAACCCUGAUGCCUUGAAGGGUCCCAUCCACAAAAACAAGGAGUGCUGCCAGUGGUCUGGUGAGUGCGGCGACUUGAAGAAGUGUACUCAGUCAUACUGCGAGAAGGAUGCCCACUCGUCUGAUGUUUACAAGCGAUCUGAUUUUCAGUUUUAAAUUGCUUAUAAUGUAUACAGAUAUAUAUAUCAAAUAAAUAGUAAAAGGACCGCUACCGUUAGUGCCAUUGAAUCUUCUAUAGCCAUGGGUACAGGAUUUAGUGUUUAGGAAUUGACACACUUUAGAUAUACGUUUCAGGGUUUAG